AUGACGACGCCGGAGAAGGUGUCCGCGGCGGUGACGCGGUACGUCGACGACGUCCGCGACGCGCUCGUCCGCGGCGGCGACGUGGGCGAAGACGCGGGCGAAGACGCCGCCGGCGCUCAAGGUGCGUUCGAUACACUGGUUCCCAUACGACGGCGUUGGCGUGGUGAACGCCGUUCCUUAAGGACUUUGCCCGGCGCAUCUCUCCGCCUACCCCUCGCUUUCAAUCCCCGACCUCGACGCCUUUCAACUCCAACUGACGCCUUUGAAAUCCACCCGACGUUCGAUGGUCAAGGUGGAGAACGUGCUCGUGUUGUUCGACGCCGAGGAACCCCCUACCCAAACGCCGCCUCGACCGCUUCCUCCUUCACGUCGAUGCCGCCGUUCGUGACCCUCGAGGCGGACGCGACGCCGCUGGAGGUGACGCAGCUGCCGAUACGCAUCGCGAACGAGGCGCUCGCGGCGGCGCGACGCGGCGGCGGCGGCGGCGGCGGCGGCGGCGGCGGCGGCGAGAUCCGAAUCGAACCCGCGCACGCGCUGCGCGUCGUCGUCCCUCACGUCGCGCCGCUCGAAGACCAUCGCGGUGAUCGAGAUCCCGCGACGGAGGCGAACGCGCUCGCGCUCGCGCGCCUCGCGCUCGAGGGCCACGCCGCGGAGGAGCUCGUCUCGCGCGACGAUCAGAACGGCCCUCACGCCUCUGAGCUCGGGGGAUACAAACGCGCGGACGCGUUUGGGGGAUCUUCGUUCGGAUCUUCUUCCUCGUUCGGAGGUUCGGGAGGGAAGGUCGUUCACUUCGCGUCCGUCGCCGCGGAGGACGUCGUCACGCGUGAGCUGCUGCUCGUGAGCUCGUUCGCUAUCGGUGAAGACACCGGCGUCGCAAACAAACGCGGACCCAAUCAGCGACGGACGCGUGUCUCCUCGCCGCGAGAGCCGCCGGCGAAUAAAAAGCGGCGGUGGACGUUUUUUUCUUCUCGCGGGCGGGCGCCGGCGCCGGCGCCGACGGACGACGCGUCCGACGCGUCGCCGCCGCCCGGGCCCGGAGAUAUCGUCGCGGUGACGAUCAUCCACCCCGUACGCGUCGUCGGCCUUGGUCUUGACACGUCAGCAGACGAAUAUUCAGCCACGUCAUCAUUCAAACGUGCGGCGGCGGACGACGACGGCGACGAAAUCCCCGUCGGCGCGGUCGCGUUCCGCGGGUACUCGGACGCGUCGCGCGCCGCGCGUCGAGUCCUUCUUCAUAACGGCACCGUGAAUGGCGUUAGUUUUGGAGGAAACGGAAACGGCCGCAGCAGCAGCGUUUUCGCCGCCCACGGCGUGAGCAUCGACCACGCGAAGCUUCACACGUUCCUCGCGCGCGCGGCGUGCGCGCACGGAGACGCUAAGCUCGCCGCGGUGGACGUCCGCGGCGACGGCGGAGGUGAGACUGCUUCCCAUACGACCCCGUUCGCGUGGUGCACGCCGUUCCUUAAGGACUUCGCCCGUCGUCACUCUUCACCCGCGCUUCCCUUUCAACGUUCGACCGGUAAGACGUUCGACUGA